GAGGGUGAAAUAGAGAAGAAAAACAAGGUCACACAGUCACAGACACACUGUUAUCUGGGAGAAAGUUUAAGAGACACACAGACAAGUUUUGUGGCUAAAAAUACACUUUGGCCUGUGUUUUCUGGGAUUUCUUCUCUACAUCAACAUGGAUUUAAAGUUUAUUGAAGACUCCAGCUCUCCAGUUGUUAGGGACUUGAGGAUUGUCCUGCUGGGGAAGACUGGAUCAGGAAAGAGUGCAACAGGGAACACCAUCCUAGAACGGGAGGCUUUUUUCACAGAGGACAUGUCUACGUCCUCUGUGACAAUUCAAUGUCAAAAAGAGACCAGACACUUUGAUGAAAGAACCGUGAGUGUCAUUGACACCCCUGGGUUAUUUGACACAUCGAUGACUGAGCCCCAGUUAAAAAGAGAAAUAGAGAAAUGUAUCAUGCUGUCUCUCCCAGGACCUCAUAUAUUCCUGCUAGUGAUCAGACUGGAUACGCGGUUCACAGAGGAGGAGAGGAACACCAUUAAGUGGAUCAGGGACAACUUUGGUGAGGAAGCCUCCAACUAUACACUGGUGCUUUUCACUAGGGGGGACAAAGUCAAAGGAAAGCAAAUUGAAACAAUUUUAGACAAAAGUCCUGAACUCAAGGAGGUCGUCAGUGACUGUAAAGCUGGAUACAUUGUGUUUGACAACACAAGAAUGGAAAAUCGCACUCAGGUGACUGAUCUGUUUGAAAAGAUAGACGAGAUAGUGCAGAUAAAUGGGAACCAUUACCCUAGCAGCAUAUAUGAAGAGGUCCAGAGACAGAUAAAUAAUGAUGAAUGGUGGAAAAGGUGGGGAGGCACUAUGAGUACUGUAGGUGAUGUUCUGUUAGUAGCAGCCACAGCUGCAGUUAGCCCGCGACUUGCAGGAAUUGCCAUAGUGGCAAAGGAAACAGGGGUUAUGGCCAGAGUAGGAUCAGCUGUCAUGGCUUCAGGUGGAAUGAUUUCUAAAGCUCUGGGGAAGUGGGUGAAACCUAAAACAAAAGACACCUAAUUAAUUCUAAGUCAUGACCCAUUAACCUUUGAAGUCAUUCCAUUUAUUACCUUUUCAUACAUACGUGUCAAUUCAUUACUUCUUUUGGGCAAGAUUUUUUUUACAUUUCUUGACAAUCUACUAAAUGUUGAUGCUAUACAUUAAUAUCUUGUCUUGUGUAGAGAACACUAAUGUCAAUUAUCAAAAGAAACCAGUCAGUAAUAAAUUAUAAAAUAAACUUCAACAACUGUUGUGUGAUGUUGCCUGUUGUCCCAUGAAUUAAGUCAAGAAUUCCUACAAAAGCUGCCUGAGCUGCAUAAUAAAAUAUGUACUACCACAAAAUCUAACAUCUUGCAUUGACUGCCUGUCAAAUACAUGACUGACUUCAAGGUCCUUUUAUUUGUUUUUAAAGCCAUACAUGGGUUGGCACCUUAGUAAAUUUCUGAACGUAUAUGCUCCUUGUCUUAGAUUCUUAGAUCCUCAGAUCACCUGCUUUAAUUAUUCCACGAUUGAGGCCGUGAGAACGGGGGACUGUCCCUUUAAUCAAAUGUUCCCUCUACUGACAUUUUGAAGGUAAAACUAAAUACAUAUUUUCACAAAACAUAUUUUCAAUGGCCUGUGGGUGUUCUUGAUGACUCUUUAAAUAAUAUUCAAUUAUAGUAUCUUGUAUGUGUGUUGCCAUUUUUAUUCUGUUAUAUGUUUUACAUUUAUGCAUGAAUGCAUGUAUCUACUACUUAUGCCUCUUUCUGCUGAUAUCUUUUUUUUUUAAUCUCUACUCUUGCACUUUUGACAGUAAUUUGUAAAACAUUGUGGUCAGCUCCAGUUAUUUUCAGAUGUGCUCUGCAGUAUAUAUAAAGUUGACUUUAGAAUGUACAUAAACCCAGCAAAUUGAGGGGAAAGUCUGAAACCACAAGAAAAUUACUGUAAAUGUGCUUUAAUUACCUAAUAAGAAUAAUUCAUAUUUAUUCAUCUGUUUUUGUUGUUGUUGUUGUUUUCUGGUCUCUACCAUUAUGAAUAUCACACCAUCAUGUAAACUCAACCUGCCAGACCUGCAAAAUAAUGAUACUGUAUAUCAAGAUUCAAUUUUCUGUUUUCUUCACCUGUUAUGCACUUCUUGAGUAAAUGACACUCUGCGGUCUGUGUCCCCUUCAUCAUCAAAAGCAAACAAAUAUUGUUUUCUUACCCUUUCUUGAUUGAGUAUAUCCACAAUGGCACAACCAUAUGCCACAAUUUCAUACGCAAUCUGCUGCCAUCUAAUGGCCAUUUGUUGGUACACAUGGUCAUGAUAUUCUAAUUCUAAUGACAAAACUGCUUCAUUUGGAGACACAGUGAUACAAUGUUUUGUUGUUGUUGAUCACAGCAUACCUGCUACAUGAUAAAUACAUGUAAUGACAUUCUAUCUUAUCUUAAUCCCCUCUUGUGUGAAGAACAUUAAUAUCAGUUAUCAAAACAAACCAGUAAGUAAUAAACUGUGAAAUAAACUUGA